AUGCUCAUCGCCAGCAUACUUCCUGUCCUUUUUGCCUGUGUGCACGGUAGGUUUUAUGUUGAAAUAAUAUUCUAAUAUUUGGUUUGUGGUCUCUGAUUACGGUCAAAAAAGAGACGUAUGCGAUACCUAUCUGAAAGCAAACAGUUUUUUCGUCAUUACAGGCGCCGAUGUGUCAGUUUUGAAUUUAGCGCCAAACCUAAACAUCACUUUGCCUUUUAUUGGCAUACCCAAGCGGCAAGUAAGCUGUACAUUCUUUUUGGAUUUUUGCGCGGAUAUUCGUUUUACUGUGGAAUAUGACACUUUUAUUACAUUGCAGUCGGAAUUGCAUGGGAAUGCGGAAAUUCAAGGGAGAUCUACCUCCUCGUCCUGUGAAUCAGGUGAGCCAUGUUUUUAGUUGUUAACAAGUGAUAAACUUCUAAUUAUCCGACCUCUUAAGACAUUUAUUUACGUUUCCCUAAAUAGAGCCUUUUCAAAAGGUCAUUGAGUUUGUUUAUUUCUAAGUUUGUUCGGUUGCCAAGCUGGUUCAUUUUAGUGGUUUAGAGAGAGAGAUCAUGCAAUUUUCACUGGAUAUCAAAAUGUUGAAAUUGGAACCAUCGUCGCCUACCCCGAUUUUUUCCUGUACUCUGAUUAAGAUCAAAAAUAAACGAAUAUGAUAACUCUCUAAUAUAAACACUCAUUGUUUUCAUUACAGGCCUCAUGAUAUCGUAUUGCGGUUAGCUCCGAAUACGGCCUUUAAUUUUCCUCUCUUGAGCCUUCUGACACCAAAAGUAAGCCGCGCAUUCUGUCGAAUUGGUAUGCUGAUAAUUUUCGUUCUACGUAAUUUGACACUGUAUUAUAAUUCAGUCGGUCUUGCAUGAGAAUGCGCCACUUCGACAGGGAUCUAUCUCCAAACCCUGUAAAAUAGGGCAGUCAUGCUAUCAGUUAUUUACAGGUGAGCACAAUUCUUCUAAUGGACCUCCUUCCCAGGACAUCUAAAUCAUUCUUUUAUCUCCCCCUAAUUGCAAGCUUUUAAAGAUGCCAUUUGUUUUAUGCAGCCGUUUAUGUUUUGAAUUUGUUUAUUGUUUUAUUUAUCCGGUUCCCAAGAUGAUUUCCUUUGCCGCUUUUCAGCACGCGAGUACGCAUUAGUUUAUUUAUCUCCUACUGCUGGAAAGGGAAUCAUCGUCUCCUUUCCCGAAGACAAACUUAAAUCGCCAUCAGCAAUAAUUGUCCAGAAUAAAGGAGACACUUCAGCUGGUAGACAACCUAGUUUUUCUGUUUUACGUUAUUUAUGUCGUUAG